AUGGGCAAACUCAGAGACGACGACGACGCCGGCCACGAGGACGUCGUCGAGGUCGACUCCUAUGACCACCCCCAGGGCUCGCUGAGCCUGGUGGGAGGCAAGUUCUGGUACUACACCAAGCUCGCGCUGAAGCGGCUCGAUGCCCUUGGUGUCGAGACUCGAGGCAUCGACAGACUGCCUCCUUAUGAAAGAGCACUGAAUCGACGCAAACAGCUUAUUUCCGUUGUCGGCCUCUGGCUUCUGGCCUGCGGUGGGCUUUCGCUGAUGUCGCUGUUCUUUUUGGGCCCGCUUUUAUUCGGUUUGGGCCUUCGCAACUCGGUGAUCCCGGGGCUUAUUGGCCACACCGUGGGGUGCUUUAUCGCUGCUUACUGUCUGAUGAUGGGCCCACGGCUGGGGUGCAGACAAAUGGUGGGUGCCAGAUUCCUCUUUGGGUGGUGGACGGUUAAGAUCGUUUCCCUUUUCGGGGUGAUUGGGGUGAUGGGGUGGCUGGUGGUUAACUCCGUGGUGGGUGGCCAGAUCUUAGCGUCGAUCUCAAAUGAGAAAGUACCGCUUGUGGUGGGGAUUAUCAUCAUUAUGGUGGUGUCUUUGCUUGUGCUGGUAUGUGGGAUUAAACAGUUGAUCCGGGUAGAGGCUUUCUUUGCUAUCCCCGUCAACGUUGCCUUUCUCACUUUAUACAUUGUGUCGCUGCAGAAAUACCGUUAUUUGAGUAAUGACGAUAGUCCCGAAGUGGCGGAUGACCCCGCUACGAUCAAGGGCAACUGGCUUUCGUUUUUCUCCCUUUGCUACUCAAUCACCGCCACCUGGGGUACCAUCGCUCUGGACUAUUACGUCUUAUUCCCGGAAAACACGCCCGAUAUGACGGUAUUCCUCCUUACCCUUUUGGGGAUCUGGGUGCCCACCACGUUUGUCGGUGUCGCUGGUUUGCUUAUCGGUAACUGUGCUUUGAAAUACCCUCCCUGGGCUGAGGCUUACGAAAAAUACGGGAUGGGUGGUUUGCUCUGGGCAGCGUUUGAGCCGUGGGGCGGUGGCGGCAAGUUCCUCCUCAUUUUGAUCUUCUUAUCGUUGAUCUCUAAUAACAUCAUCAACACCUAUUCGGCGGCAUUUGGUCUCCAGCUUGGUGGUCGGUUUUUCGCCCGGAUCCCGCGGUGGAUGUGGCUGAUCGGGGUAUUUGGCGUGUGUCUUGUGUGUGCUCUUGUCGGGCGUAACGCCUUCCUGACGAUUUUGGGUAAUUUCCUUCCUAUGAUUGGGUACUGGAUCUCGAUGUAUUUCAUCAUGUUGCUUGAAGAAAACCAGAUCUUCCGUACCGACUACUUCAAGCACUUGUUCACUAAAGAGUUCCCCACUGAAGAAAUGCACCAGGGGUCAUACAAAGAGAAACAGUUUGCCGCCACUCGUGAUGUCAGAUUACACCAGCAUUAUAACUGGAAGGUGUGGAACGAUAAGCUGCGGCUCACUCAGGGCAUUGCCGCUACCAUCAGUUUCCUCUGCGGGGUGCUGGGGGUAGUCCUAGGGAUGUCGCAGACCUAUUGGGUGGGUCCCGUGGCCAAAGCCAUUGGCGGUGAGUACGGUGGGGAUAUUGCCAUGUGGAUGUGUAUGGGAAUUCUGGGGGUAGUGUACCCGCCUUUACGCUACUGGGAACUCAAGAAGUUUGGCCGCUGA